GGUGUGGAAAAAUGGCAAAGAGAAUUGCAGAGAAGGAACUGACUGACAGAAACUGGGAUCAGGAGGAUGAAGCUGAGGAAGUGGGAACAUUCUCAGUAGCUAGUGAAGAAGUCCUGAAGAACAGAGCUAUUAAAAAAGCAAAGCGCCGAAAUGUUGGAUCAGAGUCUGAAAGUGGAGGAGCUUUUAAAGGGUUUAAAGGCUUUAUAUUGCCUUCUGGAAAAGGAGGAGGUGGCUUCAGCGGAUUUGGUAAUGGUGCAGGAAUAAAGCCUUUAGAAGGGCUAUCUAAUGGAAGCAGUAGUGUCUCUAGCACUCCUUCUUUCAGCAGUUUGAAGACCACCUCUGAAACACAAUCAGCAUUUGGAUCCACAAUGUCAAAUGGUCCUACUACUACUGCAUUUACUGAGAAAAAGGCUGCAAGCCCAAAAGUGAAUGGUGGCAGUCAACCGUCCUCAUCUGGCUAUGCUCAGAGUAAAGUUUGUAGCUCUAGUGUUUACCACAAACAGUUAGCAGCUUUAAACUGUUCUGUGCGUGACUGGAUAGUUAAGCAUGUAAACACAAACCCGCUAUGUGACCUGACACCCAUCUUUAGAGACUAUGAGAAGUAUUUAGCAAAUAUUGAACAGCAACACGGAAGCAGUAGUGAUAGUGGCUCUGAAAAUGAAAGCAACAAGACACCUGGCUCUCAGUCUGUUUCUACAUUUGGUAAUUCAAAGCUACAGCAAGGAUCAACUUUUUUGUUUAACAACAACAAAACUGAGGAUACCUCGGACAAAAAACCUGAAGCUGCAUCCGAAAAAAAAGACCCAUCGUUAGGAGCUACAUCAACCGUCUCAUUUAAUUUUGGCAAGAGUGUCGACAGUUCUGUUUUGGGUUCCCUUGGCUCAGGAACGCUUAGUAGUUUCUCGUUUUCUCCUGGGAAUUCAGGUUUGUUUGGAAAAGACGCAAACCAGGCUAAGUCUGUCACUGCAGCAUCCACCAAUGUAUUGGAAGCUCAGACAGAAAGUGGCAGUAGCGAUGAUAAAGGAGAAGAGGAGGAAGAAGAGCCACCAAAAGUCAUUGUUAAUGAAAUAAAAGAGGAUGAUGCCUUCUACUCAAAGAAGUGCAAACUGUUUUACAAAAAGGAUAAUGAAUUUAAAGAAAAAGGCGUAGGAACAUUACACUUAAAACCAGCAGGAAAUGAAAAAACUCAACUCCUAGUCCGAGCGGAUACCAAUUUAGGAAACAUACUGUUGAAUGUUCUAAUCCCACCCAAGAUGCCAUGCACAAGAACGGGAAAAAACAAUGUUCUUAUAGUUUGUGUUCCUAAUCCACCGAUUGAUGAGAAGAAUCCAGCUGUUCCUGUCACUAUGUUAAUAAGGGUGAAAACAAGUGAGGAUGCAGAUGAGUUGCACAAAAUCUUACUGGAGAAAAAGGAGGCUUAAAUAAGUUGCAGUCAGUGAUCUGAGGAAUUAUUGCCAAACUGCUGCUGCUCUUUUUUUCUUCCAUAACUUCACUUGAACACUUAACUCCUUACUCUGAUAUUAAGAACUGUUAUAGGAAUUCUGGAAAAAUUCUGUGAGGAAAAGCUAAACUAGCUAAUAAAAGCUUUAAUAGAACACAAGUGUUGGACUGUGCUCCCUCAUUUUUCAAUAUCUAAAUGCAGGACCUCUUCUGGAUAAAGCACAUUGAUUUAAAUUAAAGCAUGUGUUUUUAACACCAGUCAAUUUGGCUGAAUGGACUGAAAUCAGAGUACAAAAAUAUGGUACCAGAGCUUCCUCACAGACUGCGGUGCAAUGCAACAACCUCCUGUUUUGAGAAGGGAGGAUGUUGAAGUUUAACUGUUGAAACUGUUUCUAGACUCCAGAUUUUUAAUUUUAAUUGGUCUGUCAUAUUCCGGUGAGACUAAUUUUUCAAACUGUCGGUGACAACAAUGUACCCCAACAACAAUACUGUAUAUUGUACUGUGUUUUAACUCUUACAGACUCGUGUGCUUUUGGGACUCGGAGACUGCAUCUCCAGAUAUUUAAAAGAAAAUUUGCUUGCGUAGUCUUGUUGACAGUAGUGUUUCUUAGAGAAGAACUGUCAGUUCUGUUCUUACUGUAGCAACAAGCUAAUGAUGUGCAAUAGUACAAGCAGACAACUGGAAGACUGUUUAUCUUGGACCACAACCACAGCUGGCAGUCGCUGACUUCUGACAAGUCAGAGGCAAAGGGUUGCACUUCCAUUAUGGUCCCUCAGAGGUAUUCUUCCCUAGGCCCUUGGGCUAAGACUGAAACCCAGCAGAGGCAGAGUUGUAAAUGUUGUACUUGUCUUGCUACUAGUACUUUUCUGAAGAUAGCU